UGGUUUGUGUCCAUUGUUUUUCUACAAUGUUAUUUUUCUGACUGCUGCUGGUGGACGAAAAGUUAGUCUCGCUGCGUCGAGUGUGAUUUUGUGCUAGUGUUCGUGUUCGAUAUUGUGAUUUAUUAGAAAUAGAUCACGAAGAUGUCGUCACCGAGCGCUGGGAAACGUCGCAUGGACACAGAUGUCAUCAAACUUAUCGAGAGCAAGCACGAAGUGACGAUCCUCGGUGGGCUGAACGAGUUUUGCGUUAAAUUUUUCGGACCACCUGGCACCCCAUACGAAGGCGGAGUGUGGCGCGUACGCGUCCACCUUCCAGACCAUUACCCGUUCAAAUCCCCAUCGAUCGGGUUUAUGAACAAAGUGUACCAUCCGAAUAUAGACGAGGUGUCCGGCACCGUCUGUCUGGACGUCAUCAACCAAGCCUGGACUGCGCUUUACGACCUGUCGAACAUCUUCGAGUCAUUCCUGCCUCAGCUGUUGACCUACCCAAACCCGAUCGACCCCCUCAACGGAGAUGCGGCUGCGAUGUACCUACACAAGCCUGAGGAGUACAAGAAGAAAGUUUCAGAUUACGUCCGAAGAUUUGCGACUGAAGAGGCGUUGCUGGAGAAGGACGCGGUGACGGGCGUGGGCUCCCGGGCCAGCAACCGCGCGAGCGACACCGAGAGCUCCAUGAGCGAUUUUAGCGACGACGAGGCGCAAGACAUGGAGUUAUAACGCAAGUUCGUCGUAGAGAUUCGCGCUUGCUCACUCACCACUGCCGUUGUUUGAUGUGUUUUUUUUUAAAUUGUUGUCUGUGGUCUCUGUGCUGUGUAGGUAUCACCUCUUUGCCCGUCUCGACAAGUCACGGUGACUUUGACGUUUCGCGUUUUGACGUUUGUGCGUUUUGCUGUCAAUCGAAACGUCAAAAUUACAUCUUCAAGUUUAGGUAUGUCAACACAAUAUGAUUAGUAAUAAAACGUAGCUGUAGAAUCAAUUUUCAGGCAUGUAAUUGUAAUGGUUGGAAGCACAUAGGAAACUAUACUUGAUUUAUUCAUGUUAAUUUCACUGCCGUUAAAACAUGUAUUUAUUUACUUGAAGGUUAAACGUUAGAUACGAGAUUGGCAUACAAGAUUUAUUUGACUGAAACCUACAAAAAUAUUGAUUAUGAAAUAUUUUUUAAUCGAUAUCUGUAUUAGAUUUACUAACACCGCAUAUUAAAUUUUAAAAAUAGAUUGGCUUUAGCAAAGAUUCCUUAUCUUUGCUAAAGCCAAUCUAUUUUUAAUAUUCACAAAACCUCACUUUUUCAAUCAUAGGCUUCUUUUAAAAUUUUGGUAGAUUUGAUGUGAAAUAGAUGGUUCUACAUAUUAAUUAAAUUAAAUAAUAGUAAUAGUAAUUAAAAUUACAUUCGACGCAGCUUAUAAGGCUUCGUAUUCAUUGUAUAGCUAACUGUCUAUAUAUUUAGGGGAUCGAAAAUGCCCAGUGAAUACGAAACCACAAUAAUAUUACAACGAAAUAAGUUCCGGCUGUAAAAACUUCCUUUUUUGUUUGCUUUGUGGUUUGACAAUAAUGGCAACAUUUAUCCGCCAUUUUGAUCUCCGCGAAUUCGCGGGAAUUUUUACAUCGCUCAGUCUAUGCAAUCUAAAUAUUACCUCAUUACAGUCGGAAGGAACAUUUUGUUGUAAUAAAAUCUUUAACGGGCACCGUUUAUCAGCUCUAAAUAAUAUCUAUAUGUCUCUCUUUGUCUAGCAGUAGUUUUUUUUUUUUAUUAAAUUGUACAAAACUUGAUCUUUAUUGGAAAUUACUUUGAGAGUUCCUAUUUUUACAAUUAACUGUAUUUCAAGGAAUCUUGAACUGAAUUUCAAGUGAAAUAAUCCAUAUCUAGUGUCAAAAGUUAUAAAAAGUGGUAAAGGAGAUACAGAGACCAAAGAUAACAUUAAACAUAUUGAAACAAAAAAAUCUAUUAUAUAUCUAUAAUAAAGUACAGAUGUCGUGUUUGCUGCCUCACAAAAGUGAUUCUAAAAAAAAAAAACUGAUAUAUAUUUUAUGGACCACUUAUGCCAAUUUUAGAUUAGAAAUUGAUAAUUUAAUGCUCAGUGAAAAAUAGUUUUUAUUCGGCAGCGAACAUGGCUGAGAGUGAGAAACAUCGAUUUAAUAAUGUCGGAUUAUAUAAUAAUCACUAAAUUCGUGUUUUCAAAGUUUAGCGGAUUGGGCGCCAUGUCACAAACGCUCAUCACUUACAGUCGCACGCAAGUCACAUAACCUCUUAUCAUAAGUGUAAUGCUGCUGGUAAAGUAUUGGGAAUAGUGGCGCAGUGUUAAAGUGCUUGCCCCUGAACCGAGAGGUCCCGGGUUCGAUCCCCGGUCGGGUCAUCAUGGAAAAUUAUCUUUUUCUGAUUGGCCCGGGUCUUGGAUGUUUACCUAUAUAUGUAUUUGUUAUAAAAUAUAGUAUCGUUGAGUUAGUAUCCCAUAGCACAAGUCUCGAACUUUGGGGCUAGCUGAAUCUGUGUUAUUUGUCCAUAUAUAUUUAUUUAUUUAUAUAAUUGAGACUCUUAUCUCUUUAAAAAUUAUUGCUCUUGUAUUUAUUUUUAGAUUAUACAAACUAUGCUUACGUUGAUUUGCUACUUUCAGUAAUUCGCUGUGUAUCCCUAUGUCGAUACGAAUCUGUUCAUUAUAUUAGUCCGAACCCAUUUAUCUGUUUUUUAUGAAUACAUAUUUAACAGAUUUUCGAUCGUGUCAAGCUGUGACGUGAUGCGUAAGUGACAUGCGUCAGAUCGUUUUAGUCGGUGUGUUACGGAAAGUGUUAACGUAGGAUUGUCUAUGGCUUGUCUGUUCUAGUGUUUACGCUUAAAGUUAGCAGCAAUACGAUAGGGAAAACAAGUGUUCAUGGUUAGUCUUUGGAAAGUUUUCAAAAGGAUAGUUGGCUUGGAUUUCGUGAUCGAGAAAUUAACGUAGGCUACUAAUAUAAAUGGAUAUUUAAACGUUAGAUUUUAACUGUAUGUACUCUGUGGUUAUCACGAUUUUAUCAUCUGUAAUUUAUUGAUAGAAGCUGGCAACUUUAAGGGCGAGUGAGUGAGCGAGACAUAGCAUUUUGUAAAUAUAUUAUCUUCUCCCAUAGUAUAAAAAAAACAACUUAAAUCUAUGAAUAACUAGUCCAUUCAGGACUACAGUCAUCACUUAUAUCUCAUAGGUAUUUAAUUUUUUUUUUAUUGUAGCGUUAAUUUUUAAACAAAUGAUGUGUCAUGUUUUAUUGUGUUUUUGUCCAUCUCCCUCUGUGACAAGAUCAACUAAAUUGUAACAAUAUUUUGUUUAUGGCAACACUGAAAGUUUAGAUUGUCUAUGCUUUUGCCAGUUUAUAUGAUUGGAUGUGAUUUUGUAUGUAAUCUGUGAUCCGCUUUUUCCGUUCGAGAGGAAAACAAAAGUCAAUUUGUCAAUGACGAGGUUGAGAUUCAUGUAAAAUCAGUACUUAGGUUAGAUGCGUCUAUUUUUGUCGCUUUUAGAUAUUUUAUUUCUUAGCACAAUCGUUUCGUUAUUGCUUUGACACCGUUGAUUAAUUACGAACUACUUAAAGAAUGACAAUAUAAUUUAGGAGUUAACUAUCACAUUGAACUUUUAUUAUCAACUCCAAUACAACUAAAUUAAGCAUUGCCAGUACAUACUAUAUCUAAUAUAAGUUUCUAGAACAGUUUUCAAAAUGGCGGUGUCAAAAGCAAUUUCUUUAAGCAGUAUCCACGCAUGUACACCAAAAAACAGUAGCAUUUUGUUCGUAUAUAACUCGGUGGCUCACAGCUGAUGCUAUGCUGAUCCUGCCAAUGUUGAUGUUUUGGCCGGCUUUGUGAUGUCCUUUUCUUAUAAAGAAUAUCCUGGAUACAUAAAAAUUAAUGAAAAUAACAAAUCCAUAAUCCCUACCACACGAGAAACAUGUGUGUGGGUAUGUUUGUAUUCGCGAACUGUUUCAUAGAUUUUAAAAAGGCAUUUGAGAUGGUUCACUUGAUCAAAAAGUGUCAAUAACAUUAUACUGAAGUAUAAUAAUACUGAAGUAUUAUUGUCAGAGCCAAGCCAACAUCAUUAUAUAUUUCUUUUAAAUAUAAAUAAUACAAAGCCGUUGUCGUUAAGCAUCGGUUGAAUGUUUCUUAAUGAAAAUUUGUAUUUGGUGUUCCACCGGGCGGAAAACUAGACCCCCUCUUGUUUUUUUUUCUUCAUUUUAUUGCAGACAGAUUAGAAAUAAAAAUUAAAAAGGACAUCACAAAACAUUUAUCACAGAUCUCUAAAAUGACACGUUGCGAACUAAAAGUGUUGCAAUCGUCUUUAAUAUUAAGUCUAGGUUAUAAAUAGUUAUAACAUGGAAAAUAUAUUAUAAUUAUAAACAUAUUAUAUGUAUCUUUGAACGAUAACACAAGCCAUAAUAAUAUAUUUUGGUAUAAGGAAGUUAACAUGUUAAAAUUUUAGUUUUUCGUCAAGUUGGGUUGGCGGGAAAGUAAGGAAUUUCGAUAUUUAGGUUAUUUUUACAGUCCACCCAGCUUAUUGGUAACGUUAGGGCCAUAGCAGAUACAUUACAUUUAGCAAAAGUAGAAGCGUUUCUAGAAUUACUAUUGGUUUUUGAAAUAUAAUUUGGUCACACUAUUCUAUUUGGAAUCCCUAAUUCUGGACCUUAUUUAUUUGUCUGGAUCUGAUAAUAAAUAGACAUUUAUAACACCCUAUGUAAGAGAGAGAGAUAAUAUUCUUAUGGAUAAUUUGAAAAAUAUCAGUAUUAUCCACAAUAGUUGUAAUCAAUAAUUAAAAGUGCCGUCUGCUAUGAUCCUUAGUUAAAAUCUGUGGUAUCGAUGUUAAGUUACUUAUUGGACAGAGGUGAAGAUUGUCAAAUUACAUUGUACACGAUUGAAAAGAACACUUUUUCGUUCACUGCUUUAAAUAUAUUAUUCGAUUAAGGAUUAGUUAGUUUUAUUGUGUGAUUUACAUAUUUUUAAAUACAAAUAUUUAUAUAAAUCGACAAUAUUUUUAUUUAUAUGUCAUAAUUACCGAGUAGACACAAUUUUGUGUUGAGAAAACUUUGAUAAUUGUAUCUAAUUUGUAAAAAGAAUUUGAAAAUCUUCACUUGAAGCGAUGGUGACGUGACGGUAUUCUUUUUUCAAAUGGUAAAAUUCAAAAUUUGUAGAACGUUGACUUUUUUCAUGCCAGUCACGUCGCUAUUGUGUGGUUUUAUUUAUAGACAAGUUGAUUUAAUGGUAACUAAAUUGCUCGGGCCGUCUCUCCCACAUGCAGUUAUACAUGUAACAAAAUAAAUUUAUAAUUCUAUUUUUAUUUCAUUACAUGUAAUAAACGUACGUUAUUUUUAAACUAA